AUGGACACAUUCAAGUCACUCACGGUAGGUGCCAAGUUUAGCCAUUCCCGAAACAGUGCUCCUUCAAAAUUGUUCUCACACGGGAAGACAACAAAACCUUUUAUGGGCUCGCUUGAGCUCUUAAAUCAGUUAGACAAUGGUGAAGAAAGUACCAAUGUCAAAGACACUGUUUUUUCUCCCCAGCCUAGCAUAAAUAUUGAUAUGUUUGAGGGUGUUUUAGAUCAUCGAAGUGGUGGUAUUGAUCCUGGUGCUCCUGCGGACGAUACGCGAAGUAACCAAGCCCCAAAAUCGAAUCCUCUGAAGCCGAUGAGCUAUAAAAAGAUGAAAAAUACGUGGCGAAAGAACGACUUGCAGGUGGUGGGAAUCGACAUUCCAGCUCCUAUCACACACUUUUCUGAUUUGGUUCGUCCUCCUCUGAACGUGCAGGCUAACGUGAUUGGAAAUUUGUUUGAACGCGAUCAUAAGUUGCCUACGCCAAUUCAGAUGCAGGCAAUCCCAUCGCUAAUUCACGAGCGCGACGUUUUGGCGUGCGCGCCCACUGGAUCAGGCAAGACUAUAGCUUUUCUAGUUCCUAUGUUUGCAUUGCUUAAGGAACCAAGCCGUGAGACAGGAGUACGAGCGCUUAUUGUGUCUCCGACAGUAGAGCUGGCACAGCAGAUUGAGCGUGAGGCCUUUUUCUUAAUGAGAGGCCAGCGCUGGCGUUUUGUUCAGCAUGGUCAGACCACUAGAAACAAAGAUAUCAUGAUCUCUAGCCCAGGACGCAUCGUUUCGCUGCUUGAGAAAAGGCUCUUGGACUUGUCACAGGUACAGUACAUUGUGUUUGAUGAGGGUGAUCGUCUCUGGGACACCGGGACCGACUUCAUUCAAGUUGUGGACAAAAUCCUAUUAGCAUGCUCACGUAAAGAUAAGGUCAUUUCUCUUUUCACAGCUACACUGAGUGAAAAAAUUGAAACGGCCGCACGAACCGUCAUGCGCGGAGAUCCCAUUCGCAUAAUUGUGCGAGGGCGGCAAAGUUCCAACACAAAGGUCCAGCAGAAGCUUGUUUUUUGUGGAAAUGAACUUGGGAAGAUAGUAGCGAUGCGCAAUCUCAUCCGAGAGGGCAUAACACCGCCUGUUCUUAUUUUUGUUCAAAGUAUUGAGCGCACUAAAGAGCUCUACGAUGAAAUUCGCUCACAGGGGUUGCACGUUGCUUUCAUAAACGCCAAGAUGAGUAUUGAGGAGCGUGAUGAGACUGUGCUUAACUUUCGAUUAGGUAAAAUUUGGUUUCUUAUCACGACGGAGUUGUUGUCCCGUGGCAUUGACUUCAAAAAUGUUGGUACUGUGAUCAACUUCGAUUUCCCUUUAUCGGUUGCAUCUUACAUCCAUCGUGUAGGUCGCACUGGUAGAGCUGGGAAGCAUGGUAUCGCCAUCACAUUCUUCACCGAGGAUGAUCGUGAAAGACUUCCGCCAGUCGCAAAGGUUAUUAAAGAGUCUGGAAAUGAUGUGGAAGAUUGGAUUUUGGAGAUCAAAGUGGAUCGUGCGUUGCGGCGUCGCCUAGAAAGGACAACACCACGACGCAUGAUUGUGAGCACACGGAAACGCAUGCUCAUUGCCGAUCAGCGUAUAGAAAGGCAAUAUCGCCGUUUGGAAAGUGAGGAAGCAGCCAAUGCUAGCCAAACAGGAAGGUAA